GGCAACGGCGCAAACACGUUGUUUAUAUCGUAAUCGCCGCAUACGUAUAAUUUCGUCGGUGUACGUUACGUGACGCGGGGUGAGAUGGCUGGAUUUUAUCAAGUUUUUGUGUGACUUUUUGCAGUUUUGGUGACAUCUGGUCUGAGCAGAAUAACUCCAGGCAUGGCAGACGCUGAGAAAGUUGACCUUAACAGCUUGGUGAAGGUUCGAGAAGCACUCUACCGGCUUAUCAUCAGCCAGCUAUACUAUGAUGGUCAGCAGACGCUGGCCUCUAGUAUGCACCAGACCAUCAAGCCAGACCCCGCCUGCCCGCCAUCAGACAGGCUGUUCCGGCUGGUGCUGCUCGGACUGCAGAAGGAAAAGGAGGCCAGUGAGGACCGGGUGAAGACGGAGGACACGUUCACCUCGGGCCUGGACCUGGAGUUCGAGUCGGACAUGCCGACGGUGGCACCCGAGCCGGCCGCCUACGAGACCUGCUACGUGACCUCGCACAAGGGCGCCUGCCGCUCGGGGUGCUUCUCCCCGGACGGACAGCUGAUCGCCACCGGCAGCGUCGAUGCCAGCAUCAAGAUUAUCGACGUGGACCGCAUGUUGGCUAAGAAGCCGCACGAGCCGGACAUGAUAGACGCCUCGUCCGGCCACCACCCGGUCAUCAAGACGCUCUACGACCAUGUGGACGAGGUGACGUGGCUCGAGUUCCACCCGCGGCUGCCGCUGCUAGCAUCCGGCUCGCGCGACACCAACAUCAAAAUCUUCGAGUACAGCAAGUCGUCGGUGAAGAAGGCGACGACCGUCAUCUCGGACGCCAUCCCGGUGCGCUGUUUCAGCUUCCACCCGAGCGGCGACUACAUGGCUGUGGGCACGGAUCACACGGCAGUGCGGGUAUACGACAUCGCCACGGCGCAGUGCUACGUCAACCCGUUCAACAAGGAGCACCACACCAACCGCGUCACAUCCACACAGUGGUCGCCGGACGCGCGCGUCUACGUCACCGGCUCCAACGACGGCAGCAUCAAGCUGUGGGACGGCGUGUCGAGCCGCUGCGUCAACACCUUCCCCAACGCGCACGACGGCGCCGGCAUCUCCUCGGUGGUGUUCUCCAAGAACGGCAAGUACGUGCUCUCCUCGGGCAAGGACUCGAUGGUGAAACUGUGGGAACUGUCUACCAGCCGCUGCCUGAUCGCCUACACCGGUGCCGGCAUCAUCGGGAAGCAGCAGCACCGCAGUCGGGCCAUCUUUAACCACACCGAGGACUUUGUGAUGCUGCCUGACGAGGCCACCAAGAGUCUGUGCUCGUGGGACGCGCGCAACGCCUCUCGGAAGCAGCUGAUGUCGUUGUGUCACAACUCGCCGGUCCGGCACAUCAUCCACUCGCCAGUGACGUCGGCGUUCAUGAGCUGCUCGGACGACUUUCGGGCGAGGUUCUGGGUGCGCCGCGCCGCCACACAUUGAGAGAGGGAUGGGAGAUGGGCGGUGGAUGUAACUGCAAAGUGACGACCGAGUCAGACCGUAGAUGGGCUAUGGUUCUAAAGACGGCAGGGCAGCUUGGGCGAAAUGGUGGGUCCAAACGAUUUUUCCCACGGAUUCCACCCCACCUUAGUUGCUGAAUGACCCCGGGAUUCAUAGCUCAUACUAAGUGAAUGAGCAUACCAUCGAAACUCGCGCGGCUGUCGGCGAGCGUCCCGUUCCGCACAGGUCUGGUCUCAAACGCCUAGUGUCUGUUCCUAGACUCCAGACCAUAGCAACGGUCACCUGUCGCCUGUCUGAGUCUUAGUGGUCUUAUCGUUUUUAGUUCAGUGAACCAAAUGAAAUCUGCGGCUCGAACUAACUAAGAUACCCAGGGUGGCGACGAAGAAUCCCAAAAGUUUGGCAAGCUGCACGGGCAAUUAUCCGGCACACCCUGCCAUUUACAGACUGCCCGAGUGCAGCCUGCCCAUGUGUGCAGUGUGACCGAGCGGCUGCCUCUAUCCACCGCGUUUGUGUAGAUACUGGGUCCAGUCUGAUUGGGUUUGUGUAUCCGCAGCAGGGCUUGCCGUACGCCGUUUAAUUCAUAUUUGCCGCGAGUGAGGCUGCGUGAGGUUUGAUGUCGUUCACUAUCCAAACACCAUGUUCAUCGUCAAUACACAGCUUCAUUUGUCGA